UGGCGCCCAGGACGAAAGCCUGUUUGAGUCCUUCAGUGUUGCUCUGGCGCGGACACGCGCUUCUUCGUGCGCGGUUCCGGGCUUCGAGGCAGGAAAGUCCGCACGUUUGGGGUCCCCGCGAAUCCGGAUCCCUGUUCGUCCCGAGUCCAAGCAGCCUCGGGUCGGAGCCGUCUCGCCGCCGGUGUGCAGUCGCUCCAGCUGAGCCCGGAGCACACGGGGCCGACGGGCGUGGGGGUGAGGAGCGGGGUUUUCUGCAGGAAGAUGAGGAAGCCCGACGGGAAGAUCGUGCUUUUGGGCGACAUGAACGUGGGAAAGACGUCGCUGCUGCAGAGGUACAUGGAGCGGCGCUUCGCGGACACGGUGAGCACGGUGGGCGGCGCCUUCUACCUGAAGCAGUGGCGCUCCUACAAUAUCUCCAUUUGGGACACCGCAGGGCGGGAGCAGUUCCACGGCCUUGGCUCCAUGUACUGCCGGGGGGCAGCCGCUGUCAUCCUCACCUAUGACGUGAACCACCCGCAGAGCCUGGUGGAGCUGGAGGACAGAUUCCUGGGCCUGACAGACACAGCCAACACUGACUGCCUCUUUGCCAUCGUGGGGAACAAGGUGGACCUCAGUGAGGAGGGGCCCUCGGAGAGCUGGGAGCAGGAAGGGCACAGCUCCGGGUCAGUGGGUGAUGGCUGUGUGUCGCCCAAGGUGCCCAAGCAGGUGAAGCCAGAGGAAGCGAUGGCCCUUUAUAAAAAGAUCCUGAAGUACAAGAUGCUGGAUGAGAAGGACAUGCCGGCUGCUGAGCAGAUGUGCUUCGAGACCAGCGCCAAAACCGGGCACAAUGUGGACCUGUUGUUUGAAAGCUUGUUUGACAUGGUGGUGCCCAUGAUCUUGCGGCAGAGAGCCCAGGGGCUGCCGCAGACUGUGGACAUCUCCUGUUAUAAGCCACCCAGACAAACCAAAUCUGGGUGCUGUGCCUGACUCUCAGAGACCCCAGGCCCCCGACCCCCAUUUACACAGUAGGUAAGGAGUGUGACCAAGCGAGCUGUGGUCAGGGGCACAGAAAGUCGAGAAGUUCCUCUGUAGAACUGCAUGCGGAGGAGAAGACCCGAGAGGAAGUGACAGCUAACUGUGAGAGAAGGCCCAUGGGAAUCAUCGCCUCUGUCUGCGUCGCUGUGUUGGGAGGUGGGGAGCUGCAGGGUCCUGUCCUGACAACCUGGCCUAUGACAAGGUUGCCUGGAUGGGUGUGUGCCCAUCUGAGCACCUGUACGGCUUUCAUGUUUGUCCUUCUCAGGACAUUUCUCUUCACUGUGAUUUAUCUUUGCUCCGAUCAUUUGGAACUUGUAUCUUGAUGCAUCAUAAUGGUUCUCGACAUGUUAAUUUAUACAAAACCAGGAGUCACCUUUUUAUAUUGGU